CAGUGCAAUUGUCAACCACUGGACAAUGCAAGCUACAAAACAUGGCCGACUAUAAAUAGUCCAGAAGGCUACGCAUGCUCGCGUUUGAUUGGAAAUCGCAGUGCCUUAAGUCAGUGUGGUGGAGCAUCUGUCAUAGGAGGGAAUGACACUCAGAAUGGUUGAGUUGACGUCUUUUGGAAGCUGCAAGGUGAAGAAAUAAACUCCAAAAUCUAUUCUGAAGGACAUUUUCUUUCUGAACAGUAUUUUCUUAAAUAUAAGUAAUGGGUUCACGGAGGACAGCAGCACUUUCCGCUUUUGGGAAUGGACGGUCCAGCAAUGGGAAUAAUGUCAGUGGGAGAAGCCGGCCCAGUGGCUGUAGCUACCUCUCCAACCUGAGGCCAGAAAACAGGAGCACAUUCUGCAGCGUAAUGGCACAGUUAGCUGAAGAAAUGCCGCCCUCCUUCGUGACUACUUUGAAAUCAAGAGCUGUGUCUGAAAGCUGCAAUGUAAAGUUCACCUGUGUGGUUGCAGGACAUCCUGUCCCUCAAAUUACCUGGUAUAAGGAUGACAAGCAGAUGGAUAGAUACUGUGGGCUGCCUAAAUAUGAAAUAUUCCACAAUGGACAAAAUCAUUCCCUGCACAUAUACAAUUGCACUAUGGAUGAUGCAGCUAUCUACCAGGCUUCUGCAAUCAAUAAUAAAGGAAUUGUUUCCUGCUCGGGGGUCCUCGAGGUUGGCGAAAUGAACGAGUACAAGAUCCACCAGCGGUACUUUGCCAAGCUCAAGCAAAAGGUUGAAAACAAAUGCAGGGAAACACAGGGAAAAGAAAACCUGGAGCCACUGCGAACCAUCAGCCCAGACCGAACCCAGAGGAAACGGCGCUCAACAAUGGAGACUUUUGUCAGCACACCGAGCCCCAUGGAGGAUGAAGGUAGUGACGAGAUCCAUCAGGCAGAAGAUCUGGAGACUGAAUGUAUGUUACAGAAGGGCACUGUUGAGGAAGUCUAUAAAAAUGUAAACGCUGACAUAAAAGAAGCUGUUUGUGCUAAGACAACUGGACAUACAAACAAUGAUCCCGGCAAUAAGAGUAGAACAUAUAUGUAUGAUCCUGAUCACAAGAUUUUUACCUCUCAACAACCAAAAUCUCCUUUUGUCAUGAAGAAGAUUAAAAUUUCCGACAGUGCAACACCUGUAAAACCAGAACAUUUUGGUGAAAGGAAGCUGAUGGAAGAUAAUACUUCUUCUGCAGCGCCAGUCUGCACAAACACUGUACAAACUGGUGGAAAUUCAGAGGAAGUCAUGGAAGUAGAAAGCAUUGUCAGUUCAUCUCUUACAAAUACUAACUCAAAAAACAUAAAAGGGGAACAUGGACUUUCAGCAAAAGAGGAAGGAUUGUUCAUUAAGAACCCGUCAAAAGAUGAAAACAUGUUUAAUAAAAGGAAAAUGCCUUCACAACGAGAAAUUGUCCCUACAUCAGAGUUCUCUAUUCCUGCAUCUCCAAGCCCUGCGGUGUCAGAAAAAGAAGGCAAGGAAAUGGACAAGCAAACAAAUGAAGAAAGUUACAAAGAAACUGAAAAAUGUUUGGAGAAACAGAAACAGGAUCCUCACCUUGUGCCUGCACAAAACAAGUCAAGCAAUAAAUCAAGAUUUCUAAGCAUUACAAAGGAGGACACUGAUAAAACCGGACAUGUUGGAACAUUGGAUACCAACGGAAAGUCAAACACAUCACUGGAUGGCUCUGGUUUUAGAGAGCUGGUGGACACACCAUGUGACACAGGGGCUGUUUCACUUCAAUUCCCAUGUGAACAGGCUGAGAGUCUGCUGCCUGAGAAAGAGACAAGCCCCUGCCAAAAAAAGGAGUCUGUGUCUCAACCAGCAGUGCCAAGUGAGGUUACAAAGGCCGACGCAGAUAUGAACUGGAAUGAUGCACCUGUCAGCCUUAAGCUACCACUCAACCAGCACAACAUAUACUCAGAGCUGCCACAAAAGACAGAUGACAUCCUGACCUCUCCUUUGUCCAGUAGUCCUCAAACAAUCACUGAUGAAAUGCCACCGGAUGAUUCCAGGAAACCAAAUGGAAACUGUUCACCCAUUUUUACUCACUUACAGAAGUCUGCCCAUGAAAUCUCUAGUUCUAGUGAGAGCAUCCCACAGUGUAAUGUUGCUGUCACCCGGCAAAGCCAAGUGGAUGCAGCUAUAAAAACCUUUGACGGGACAGAAAUACAAGAAGCGAAGUUAAAGGUUGGUGAAGUGGGUAAGUUCAAAGCUCAGACUGUCAGGGGGAUUCGAACUGAGAAGAUACUGGAAGUGGAGACGAGUAGUCCACAUGAAAAAGCUAACUCACAAAAGACCAAAGAUGUAGGGAGAAAAGACUCCGGAGAAAAAUCGGUGCAAUCUCGUAUUGUUGAUGCUAAAAAGACUCAAUCCACACAUUGUGAGGAUUUGAAAGAAGGUAGACUUGAGACCCGAAAACAACUUCCUGAAAACACAAAUUCAUCUAAAGACACAAUGACAUUCACAAAAAUACCCAAAACUGAAUCCACAGUUAUUUCUGUUGCUGAACUUUUAAGAUCUCAAAUAAAAGCUCUUGUGUUGACACAAGACAAUCCAAUCUCCAACAUUCCUGCCCCCUCCAAGUUAACAAAAGAUCCUUUGGUAAAGGAUAAAGAAGCAUGUCAGCAAGCAAGAAAUGAAUCCAAAAUAUGUAAACUAGAGGUGGAGACUAUCAAGACUAAGAAUGAAAGUGAGACAAGCUCUGACAGAGGACCUGGAACGAACCUAAAGGAAACCCUCAUGAAGGUCUAUCAGCAGCUCAAUGAAAAGGAACAGAAACAUGUUCUGACUUCAAAUGAAACUUCAACAACUGUUCAAACUUUAUACACUCCUGUUGGGGUCCCUUCUACCUUUUUCAAGGAAACUCACACAGCAUCAGAUAUAAACAUGAUCCAUGGAAGAGGGGGUAAAAGCAAUGAAGAUGUCAUGGACACCAGUCAGGAAAAUAUGGUUCCUUUAAAAGAUUAUUCUAUUAUUGUACACAAUAGUCCCCUUUCUUUACCUUCAGAGAAUGGAUUUAUUAAGGAAAUUGAGUCCAUUUCAAAUCCACCAGAAAAUAGUCUUCAGAAAUCUGGGUCUCUAAUUACAGCAGCGCAUAUGGAGAAUAACAUUAAAAAAGAACAGGGUACAGUGGUGGAACACACUAGAGGAGGAACUGUUCAAGUUCCCAAUAUGGCAACACCAAUUUCACAAAGACAGCUCAAUGAUAAGUUAGAAAGAGUUUCUGAGCAAAACAAAAUGGAGAAACCUGUAGCUAAUUCUUUUCAGACCUUGCAAGCAUAUCAUCAAUCUGAACAUGAAUUUAGUUUAACUAGGCAAGUAAAGGACAUUCUUCCUACAGAGCAAGAGAGCUUAGUGGUUAAAGAAGGUAUGAAACCUGACCCAUUUAACAUUUUAACUCCAGAGUUCACACCACUGUUAAAGAAGAUUGAUUUUAUUUCACCAAUUCCUUCUGCUACUCCACAAGAGCUAGCCUCUGGGGCACGUCGCAAAAUCCCAACAUCGAAUGCAAAAACAGAGGAGGCUCAAGAGUCAACAUCACCCACUAAUAGCCAAACUCAGAAAAGAGAGAUGCCUGGUCAUAGCAGCAACCUCUCAGCAAGCUUUGUGUCUCCAAGCCUGUCACUACGGUCACCAUUACUGCACCCUGCAGAAGAGCAAACAGCUGUGGAAGAAAGACAAUCUCCACUUUUGACCAGAAAGAAGAUGGCUUCUGAAACUCAAAUACAAACCCAACUGUGUACAGAGAAGAUCCUCACCAAGGGAAAACCCACAGAGAAGGACAAACAUAACCCAUUCAAAGCUCCUCAGGUUAUCCGUAAGAUCAGGGCUGAAGUUUUUGCAGAUGGCUCAGGACACUUGAAAUUGUGGUGCCAGUUCUUUAAUGUUCUGAGUGACUCAAACAUCAAGUGGUACAAAGAUGAAGAGGUGAUUGCACAGGUUAAAAAAAAUGAAGGGGAUGAGACCCAGGUCAAUCUGGCCAUUGUUCAGGCAUCGUGUAAAGACUCUGGAGUUUACGGAUGCUCAAUAACCAAUGAAUAUGGUUCUGAUACCACAGACUUUCUACUUAGUGCUGAUAUUUUGGCUGGAAUGUCUCUGCAUGAGGACCUUGGUGCUGGGGAGGAAAUUGAAAUGACCCCCCUAAUAUUCAACAAGGGACUGGCGGAUUCAGGCAUCUGGGGCAACAAAUUCUUUGGACGUAUAAUAAUGACGGAAUCACAAAUUGGAAAUAGCUGUUCCAGUAAAAUCUGGAGAGCUAAAGUCAUUUACGGUCUUCAGCCUGUUUUUGAGUCUGGCAACACCUGCGUAAUUAAAAUACGCAGCCCUAUCACCUAUGCAGGCAAGGAGGAAAGCUCGCUCAUAGAAAGGAACCAGCACAUCAUGAAACAGGAGUGUAGAAAUCAAAACUUGGCACGGGAAUACUGCAAAAUCUUCAGUGCGGAGGCGAGGGUCGUAGAAAACUUUGGACCCCCUCUGGAGAUCAUUCCAGUGUACUUGAUGUACAGACCAGCAAACCCAGUCCCUUAUGCCACAGUGGAAACUGAUCUGAUUGGAGUCUAUAAGAAAUACUCUGUCCUGGAUAAUACAGGGAGAAUAGACAUCAAGACUGGUUCUGAAGUAGAGCAGAAGUGCUGUGCGUUGCAGCACUGGAUUUUUCAGUGGACUGCUGGCAAUUUGCUUCUCACUCGCCUGGAAGGUGUUGACACCAAGAUCACCAAUGUCGGUGUUUCAGUCAAAUCAACAGGGCACCAGGGUUUAUGCAUUGAAGGAAAUCCCAAGGUUUUUGAUCAGUUCGUCCUGCAGCACAAGUGCAACUACUUCUGCGGCUUGCUUGGGCUGAGAUCUUUGAAGGUCAUGGACAUUUUAACCACUCCAACAAAGCCAAAAGGCUCCAAGAGCCCCUUACUGCAGCGCAAAAAGGCAAUGCCCUCUUCCAGCCCCCAAACUGGCAGAAAAGCUGCUGUUAGCCCCAGGAUGCCCAGGAAGGCUGAACUUGAAGGCAAUAAGAGUUCUUUGAAUCAAAACAAUUCUGAUGCUCCCAACGUAGUGAAUGCAGUGCAGACCUGACAGAGCAGCAUUUUCCCAGAGAUCUUGUAUUAAAACUAGUACCACUUCAGAAGUCCCCACGAGGAAGUUAGAAUCGUUUAAUAAUUGUAUGCAAUAAUAUUUAAUUUUAUCAUAUACCAUUCCUUGCCCUAUGAUACUUGCUGUGGAGAAUAUUUAUUAUGUGCUGCAUUUUAUAUUUUUAAUUCAGUUAUUUAUCAAGAAGUGUAGUCCUUUAUGAAUUUGUUGUUUUGAUAGUUAAACACCAGAUUGUAGAAGCCUAACUCAGGUCAGUAUCUUUACUGCAAACAUGUACAAUUAAUCAAACUGAAGCUGUGUUAAAUGUUAUACAUUUAUGACUGUUACUGACAGCUUAAGAAGUAAAAAUAUAUAUGUACAGCUUACAAAGUAUUAGAAAGCAUAUAAACGGACCUGCAGUCAACCAUUUUUUUUCUUAUAAACAUUUAAGCUUAUUCAGCUUUAGAUGGUACUGUUUUGAUGUAAUUAUUGGGUUUCAUUUUGCAACCUGAGCUGUUUUCUUGCUACUCUACUUUGCACUUUGUAUUUUUAAGAACUGACUCUUGAAUGUAAAACACAAUGCAAUAAACUAUAUGGUGAAAUCCAUUUGCUUAGAGAUUGUUAAAAAAUACACUACAUAUACAUUUGA